CAAGAGGCGGGAGCGGGACGCGGGAGAGGGACGGGGGACGUGACGGUGAAGAAGCGAGCGCGGACAAUUGGAGCGUCGGGGCGCGGACGACGUGUGCAGCCCCGCGCGCUUUUGGCGUUCUUGUUUCUUGAUCCACAAAGGCAGGCGCUGAGCCACUCAUGUGCCGCACCGCUGCGUGGAUUCGGCCUGCGCUGCGGCCUGGCCCGGCGAUCAGGCAGUCUGGCGAUCUGGCAAUCAUAGCCUCCUGAACCACCUCAUCCGCUUGCCUCGUGCAUGCUGCUGAUUCAGUGCCCCGCUCUGCAUCACCUAGGCGCACAAAGAGUACGGAUCUCUGCAGGCGAGCUCUGGCUGCGGAAAUCGAAUUCCAUUCGAGUUCUUUGUCUCGAGACGCGUCGAAAUUAUGUUUCGGAAUUUUCAUCUUUCUUCACUGAGGCUAGCCAGGCGAUGAGUCGAGGCCAUCUCGAGAGCUCUCUCACCGCUAACCUUCAUGAUUGUGUGAGCAUUUUUCUCGCGGAAACACAGCUCGCCGUUUUUUGACGGUGCGUGGAACAUGAAUUCGGGAAGACGAGGUUUGAAGGCAACAGUCACCUUGGAAUGAUGCUAUGCUGAAGUCUUUUGAUGGCUUAUGCUGUGGAUUGGUGCGGAGAUUGAGAUGUAAUAGAGAGUUGUCCAGGUGCUUGUAGAGCUGGAAGGAGAGAUUUGUGACGCCCAUUCACAAUGAGCAUCUUUUGGUGGAUCCCUGAACAUCAUUGCGGACCGGAGCAAUGACACCGGUGUUCGUAUAAAGGUGUCGUGUUUCGUUAAAACUUGGGGGUUUAGUGUGGCGUUUUUACGGGAAAUUGACGUGGCCUCUGGAAAACUAAGGGCUGCUCUCAAUGGCGUCGACAUUGGUGUCCGCUUUACUACACGGGAGAGGUGUGAAUUUGGUUACGAUUCCAUCUUCUGCUUGCUGCCGUGAUGUAACUUUAUCUUCUUCAGCUUGCGUAACAGAUCCCACGAUCCUGCUCUGUUCACCAAGCUCGUUUCAACGACGGUCACUGCAUUCUACUUUUCUCAGCUUAGAAAGAAGUAGCAAGCGCAAUUCGAUCCCGAAGGACCCUCUAACGCACCGGAGGGGCAGGGUGUCCCGGGGAAUUAAGGCAAAAGCGAACGACAGGAGUGUUUCACAAACAUCAGAUCUUUGGGCCACUGGCGUUGGCUUCAAAUCACAAAACUCUGUAGUGGAAGGAGGUGAAAAAACAUGGACACAAUCUGUGGGAGAAUCGAGUGGGCACGCACUGUUUCCACUCAGUCCUCCGCAACAGGACACGGGGAUGUUUCUUAUAGUAUUGCUGGGUGCUUACUUAUGGGUGCGUUUGUUCGACUACUUUACAAGCAAGAAGAUUCUCGGACAGAAACUAAGCAGGAAGCUCGUUCACAUCACGUCGGGGCUAUUGUAUAUGCUUUGCUGGCCAUUUUUCAGCUCUUCCCCAUGGGCACCGUACAUAGCUGGUCUUGUACCUUUGGCUAAUGGAGUCAGACUUGUCGUCUAUGGAACCGGUAUUUUCAAGGAUGAAGGAUUAGUCAAAUCCAUGAGUCGCAGUGGAGAUUCCAAGGAGCUUCUGAGAGGACCUCUUUAUUAUGUUCUGGUUUUGUACACGAGCACGGUUGUCUUCUGGAGGCACUCUCCUGUCGGCAUGAUAGCAUUGGCUAUGAUGUGUGGGGGUGAUGGCAUUGCAGACAUCAUGGGAAGGAAGUUUGGCUCCAACAAACUCUUCUAUAAUUCUGACAAGAGCUGGGCCGGAAGUAUUGCAAUGUUCACUUUUGGAUUCCUGGUUGCCUUUGGGUGCAUGCAAUACUUUUCAGCCAUGGGGUUUUACCAGCUAGACAAUUACAGUGCAACUAUGCGGUUGGCAGUCAUCUCUCUUGCAGCGACUAUCGUGGAGUCUCUUCCUGUCACCUCGAAACUUGAUGAUAACUUCACUGUACCUGUGACAGCAUUUGUAUUGGGCGUGCUCUUAUUCCCCAUGUAGAAACCAAGAGGCCGAUUACGGGAUGUAUCGGCCUAGUAAGCUAAUGUCCUCCCUACCUAUGUUGGGCAAAAAGUUCUAGUUAGCACAAUGAAUUGUCCUCCUCAUGGGCAACGAUAGCACCUAAUGAUGAACAAAUGGAGCAGAAGACCUGUCCUCCACAUCACUGUUGCCAGAUUUGUCAUGGGCAAGGACGUUGAGUAUUUAUCCUCACUGCCUGGCUGCUAUACAUUUCAGAUUACAUCUUGUUUUGACCUGCACGAGUGGCACGUCCAAUGAAGCACCACUGAGAGCCCCUUAAUGGGUGCCAAGGACACCAACAAGCGGAAUGAGGUAGCGGCAUUCAGGUGACGAACAUCUGGAGUUCUCCAUGUUUCGCUGGGUACCACGGUCAAAGUAAAGCUUGUACACGGGCUGCAGAUUUAAUAUCUGAAUAUUAGUAGGAACUAACUUCUCUGCGCACAUUGGAGAGUCACUGGUCGAGGCGCGUACGUUUACACUUCCCAAAUUUCUCUUCUUUGGCCGUAAACCCAAUUAAAGCUGAUUUUACCAUCAUGUAGGUAGGAAGCGCGAGCUUGGGAAAGUAGCACGCAUGUGUUCUUUCUGGAUGUAUUGAGGAACAUGAGGACGGAUUUUAAUUUCAAUGGUUUAUGAAAACAAAUUUUAC